AUGACCUUGGGUCUUCCAGUUGGUGCUGUGAUGAAUUGUGCCGAUAAUUCUGGUGCAAAAAAUUUAUAUGUCAUUUCGGUCAAAGGUAUACAUGGCCGUUUGAACAGAUUACCCGCGGCUGGUGUCGGUGACAUGGUGAUGGCCACUGUCAAAAAAGGCAAGCCCGAAUUAAGAAAAAAAGUUAUGCCAGCAGUUGUAAUUCGCCAAAGAAAACCUUGGCGUAGAAGAGAUGGCGUUUUCCUUUAUUUCGAAGAUAAUGCUGGUGUUAUUGUCAAUCCCAAAGGAGAAAUGAAGGGUUCUGCCAUUACAGGACCUGUUGGUAAAGAAUGUGCGGAUCUUUGGCCUCGUAUUGCAUCAUCUUCAGAUCGAGAACCUGAUUGGUUUCUUUUCUUCUGGAAUAAUCUUAAUAUAAAAGAACAUUAUGAUCAAGUUUAG